UCUGGAAUCCUGCUUGCCGUGCUCGCCAUGGCGUUGAGUGUUCCGCGACAAGCGAUGCCCCCGCGCGUCAUCAUGCCAAUGCGGGCUGAACGGCCCACAGAUGGACUGCGGCGUAUUGCCCUUCAAUAUGAUCACAAGGAUUUGAGCGAAGCCACCCUGAAUUGGAGCAAAAGUCGACAGCUGGGCUCCGGUUCCUAUGGCGCAGUCUUCAAGGGCGAGAUGAAGGAUGGGACUCAAGUUGCCAUCAAGAUGAUCGACCUGGGCGCAUUGAAAAGCUCUGGCCAGACAGAGGACAUGGCUGGUUUCGAUCAGGAGGUAGCAACAUUGAGCAAGUUUCGUCAUCCCAAUCUGGUGACCUUGAUCGGUUGGGGAAAACACUAUGACUUGCCGCAUCGCUACUUGGUCUACGAGUUGAUGACCGGAGGCGACAUCUACGAUCGCUUGAUGAAGAGCCGGAAACGACAGAAUCCGGUGGCCUUCCAUUGGUAUGAGCGCUUGAGCGCCCUGUCGGACGCUGCAUCUGGCCUAUCCCACAUGCACAACUCGAACCCGGAGGCGUUUCAUCGGGAUAUCAAGAGCGCCAACAUAUUACUAGAUCGGCAUGGUACAGCAAAGAUGGCCGACUUUGGUUUGAGCAUCACCUCGAAAGCUGGAGAUGCCAAGAGCUGCAAGGUAGACACCAUCAGUGGAACACCUGGCUAUGCCUGCCCGAUCUACGCUCGCACAGGGCAGGUCACAGAAUUUAGUGAGGUGUACUCCUUUGGAAUGGUCAUCCUGGAAGUUCUCACAGCCAUUCCGCCAGCCAUGGCGGACAACACAAAGCCAGGUGGCAUUGGCUAUCCCAUCGAAGACAGGAUCAAGCCGGGCUUGGAUGGAGCUUUAGGGCGGUGUGUGCAGCUUUUAGAUCCCACAGCAUCUUGGCCUCCGGGACUUCCCGAGGAGCUCGGCUCCCUGGGCAUCCGCUGUGUGAAUGCCAUCGACGAGACAAAGCGACCUCGCUUUGUGGAGGUGGUUCGUGCGCUGCGAGCCAUGCAAGACAAGUACCCAACUCCAUCUGGAGGUCCCGUUGUGAUGCCCGGCUACGGUGGCUACGCCGCGAUCCCCGAGGGGGACCCGCAGGGCUCGGGUCUGUCGGGCCUGCCAUCCGUGCCGUACAUGUUGGAGCUGAUCCGCGCGGAUGACAUUGAGGUGGAACGACUUCCUCCACACAAACGUCGACUACAUCUCUUCCCAAGCCUGGAUAAGGCCUCUGGGAGAUAUACAGCGCCUGUGGGACGACAGCAUCAGCCCGACCUCUUUGAAAGUUGGUUAUCCAAUGAAGAGCUUCGCAGCUGCAUUUCCCGCCUGGCCUUUGAGGUGAGCUGGAUCCCUUCCGGAGAUGCAAAGAUCACGGCGAGAGGCAACAAUCCUGUGACCUUGAACGACCAGAUCCUGACUCGAAAUCAGCCGAUGUCUCUGAGUAUUGGAUCUGAGAUUGGUUUCCCCUAUUCUCAGACCGGUGAGUUAGCCCUGUUCCUCCAGCUACGCUUUGCGCCUGCCACCAUGGACUCGGCGUGUCGCAACGCCGCGGCGGUGGCGCCUACGGCGGUCUUGGACUUCGGGGAGGACAACUUCAGCAACGGUACAUGGGCCUUGCGCUGUACUUUCGUGGAGGGUCUGAAUGACGAGGAGCUCUCUGAUUUGCCCUCGAGUGUCACCGAGUUCAAGGUAGAGAGGGAUGCGCCACUGGUCAUAGGUCGGCAACACCAAGCGAAGGAGUUGGAACGACUCUUGUCCAAGGCCUCUUCUUGCAUGAGCUUCAUCUCUCGAGCUCAUGUGCAACUGGAGGUGCAGAGUGGUGCUUUGCUGGCGACAAACAUCAGCAACAACCCUGUCUACGUUGACAAGAAGCCUUUGUCCAGAGGCGAGUCGAGAAGACUAUGCCCUAACCAGGUAAUUAGCUUUGCAAGACUGGAUGGAAGUACUCACGUGCUGUUCAUUUCCUUUGAGGCCAUCCUUGUGGAUCGAUCUGCAGCCAAGACCAAAGCGGUCAGGUGAUGGGCCCGAUGUCAAUGUCUCGUUGGUCGUCCAACCUCUGUUGGUUGAUGAUUAUAG